AUGGAUCCUCCACGUCGGAGUGGGAAACGGCGGCGCUCCGAAUCUAGCCCAGACUCGAGGUCAGCCAGCGGGGGCGACAGCAGUGUCAGCCCCCAGCGUCUGUCCCGGUCGGUGCUGAGUCCGCCGCCGGGCCUGGGGCGCAGCCUGCAGGCCGCGGGUGCCAGCACCCCAGGAGUAUGUAAGCAAACAGUUCCUGAUGACCAAAUAGACAAACUGUUAUUGGCAAAUUGGGGCCUUCCUAAAGAAGUUUUGGAGAAAUACCACAGUUUUGGUGUAAAAAAGAUGUUUGAAUGGCAGGCAGAAUGCCUUUUGCUUGGACAAGUCUUGGAGGGAAAGAAUUUAGUUUAUUCAGCUCCUACAAGUGCUGGAAAGACCCUUGUUGCAGAAUUACUUAUUUUGAAGCGUGUUUUGGAAAUGCGGAAGAAAGCCUUAUUUAUUCUUCCCUUUGUUUCUGUGGCUAAAGAGAAGAAAUACUAUCUUCAGAGUCUGUUUCAGGAAGUAGGAAUAAAAGUAGAUGGUUAUAUGGGCAGCUCUUCUCCAGCAGGGCAUUUCUCUUCCUUGGACAUUGCUGUCUGCACAAUUGAGAGAGCCAAUGGUCUGAUCAAUCGCCUCAUAGAAGAAAAUAAGAUGGAUUUGUUAGGUGAGAGUAUCUUAGUCUGUAAGAACUCAGAGAAGUCAAAAGGUAUAGCUCUACUACAGGGAUCUCUAAAGCCAGUUCGUAGCUGUUUGCAAAGACGAGAAGGAGAUGAAAUAACUGCCAGCAUGGUACGGGCUAUUCUGGAGAUAAUAGUUGGCGGAGUGGCAAGUACAUCACGAGAUAUGCAGACUUAUGCUUCUUGUACAUUUUUGGCUGCGAGUAUGAAAGAAGGGAAGCAAGGAAUUCAGAGAAAUGAAGAUUCUGUUCAUCUUGGAGCAAUUGAAGCCUGUGUGUUGUGGUUGCUAGAAAACGAAUUUAUCCAGAUUGCAGGAGCCAGUGACGGAUCAGAAGGAAAGGUCUAUCAUCCAACACAUCUUGGUUCAGCUACUCUUUCGUCUUCACUUUCUCCAACUGAUACCUUAGAUAUUUUUGCUGACCUCCAAAGAGCAAUGAAAGGCUUUGUUUUAGAGAAUGAUCUUCAUAUUGUUUAUCUGGUUACACCUAUGUUUGAAGAUUGGACUACUAUAGAUUGGUAUAGGUUUUUCUGUUUAUGGGAGAAGUUGCCAGCUUCUAUGAAAAGGGUAGCAGAACUAGUAGGAGUCGAGGAAGGGUUCUUGGCUCGCAGUGUGAAAGGAAAAGUAGUAGCCAGAACUGAGAGACAACACCGACAAAUGGCCAUUCAUAAACGGUUUUUCACCAGUCUUGUGCUACUAGAUUUAAUCAAUGAAGUUUCCUUAAAGGAAAUCAAUCAGAAAUAUGGAUGCAAUCGUGGACAGAUUCAGUCUUUACAACAGUCAGCUGCUGUUUAUGCAGGGAUGAUUACAGUAUUUUCCAAUCGUCUGGGUUGGCACAACAUGGAACUACUACUUUCCCAGUUUCAGAAGCGCCUUACAUUUGGCAUCCAGCGGGAGCUGUGUGACCUGGUCCGGGUAUCCUUACUCAAUGCACAGCGAGCCAGGUUCCUCUAUUCUUCUGGCUUUCUUACUGUGGCAGAUCUUGCUAGAGCAAAUAUUGCUGAGGUGGAGGUAGUUCUGAAAAAUGCUGUGCCUUUCAAAAGUGCCCGAAAGGCAGUGGAUGAGGAAGAGGAAGCAGCUGAAGAACGUCGGAAUAUGCAAACGAUUUGGGUGACUGGUAGAAAAGGUUUAACUGCAAAUGAAGCAGCAGUCCUGAUAGUAGAGGAAGCCAAAAUGAUUCUGCAGCAGGACUUAGUUGAACUGGGAGUACAAUGGGAUCCAUAUUCUCCUUUGAGUACUAGUACACAUUCAUUGAUCAACAGUGAUUCAGAAGUAAAGACUCACAUGUUUGUUCCUCAAACUGUGAGUUCUCAUCAAAGAGAAAAAUCUAAGAAGAAAAGUAAUACAAGAUUUAGUGAUUCUCAUGUUAUAUAUUCAUCAAAUACAGUGCAAGAUUUAGAUAAAAGUAGAGAACAUACCUUUCAUUAUACAUUCCAGAAAGGGAAACAGAAGCAUCAGAGAAAUUCCAUUUUCAGAGCAAGAAAACAGGCUUCUUUGGGCAUAAAAAAAGAGAAGCCCACAGCCUCUCUGAAUGAAGGGAAAGCAUGCACUAGGAAAGUUGUUCAGACUUUCUCCUUGGGAAAAAAUAAAAAAGCAGCUUUGAAUUUUAGUUCAGAAGAGCUGAACACAAGUUUUCAAUCUCGGAAACUUAGGAGGCAUCGAAAAGAAUCCAAGGACAGUAGCCCUGUGAAAGAUGCUGGGAUAUGUAGAAUUGAUUUGCAAGGACAGACUGUAUCUAGGCCUCUUCUUCGUGAAGAUCCGCUUACUUUAGAUCAGAAGAAUAUGGAAUGUAGAAGUUCAGAACCUUUUGCCAAGAAUGCAUCUUUUUGUACUGAGGAAAAACAUAGCAAAGCAUUUCUGUUACAAGAAAAGCAGAGUUGUUUAAGGGAAAGAACAAAAAUGAAUGCUAUUCUUGUGGAACAUUUUGACACAAGGUCACAAAGUAAAAAUGUGACUUGUCAAGCCUCUGGUGUAGCCAGUAAUGGUGGAAGAGGAUUAGCUGUAGGUGAGACAGAAAAAAUAAAUGAUGUACUGAUACAGGAUGAUUUGAAAAAACAGAAUAUUUUUGUAAAAAGCCAUGACACACCUCCAGUUGGCCAGAGUCUGGAAAAACAAUGUGAUAAACAGACAAACACUUGUAUCAAGCAGAAAAGUGUAAUAGAGACACAAAUGCUCUGUCAAGUACUGAAUAGUAAUAUCCAAAAAGAAUCAAAUGCUGCUACUAUGAAACGUGAAAGUAUAAAACCUAAUAAUGAGGAAAGUGAACAAAACCAUUUUCAGGCAUUAGGAGAUAAGAUAAGGAAAACUGAGGUACCCAGUAGAAUACUUCAGUCAACUGAACCGUUUGGUAAAACAGAAGAUCAGCAUGAGAAUUUUCUAAAUUCUACUAAAAUACAAGAAAAAAAAGAUACUUAUUCAACAAACAAAACUAUAAAUAAUCCUGCUUCUGACUUAAGUUUAGUUCUCUGUGAUGUUGAAGAUAGUUUCUACCUGGAUACUCAGUCAGAGAAAAUAAUGCAACAGAUGGUAAUUGAAAAUGCCAAACAAGGAAUAAAGGACACCAGCUUGGCAGUUGGGAUUGUGCAGAGGAGCUUAGACAGACAGAACUCUUUUCAGAAUGAGUGUCAUGUUACUUCUUCCAGUGAUCAGCAUUUUCCAAGAACGACUAACAUGGACCAUUUGGAUCUUAAGACUAUUGAUACUGAAUAUGGGAAUGACAGACUGAUUCUAAAAAGCUUUACUUUACGUUCUCCAGUUCUUUUAGAAGAAAAUGGCCUUUGUUUUAAAGGGAAUGAAUAUUCUGUUACUGACUCCCAGCUAAACAGUUUUCUUCAAGGUUAUCAAACACAAGAAACAGUGAAACCAGUCAAACUUACGGCUCCUCAAAAGAGAUCCCCCACUGGUGGAGAGACAGAAUGUCUGCCAGGCCCAGAAACAAGUUUGAAUAUGAGUGAUAGUUUAUUAUUUGACAGUUUCAGUGAAGACUUACUAGCAGAAGAACCACCACCUGAUAUAGAAGCCAAAGGACCCCACCCUUCUGAAAUAAUAUCAAACCAUUUCAGUGACUCUCAGCAUCUACAAGGAGACCCAGUUCAAAAAACAAAUAUGACUGAGCCCCUAAUUGCUCAACAGCAGUUGACUUCUUUCAAUGAUGAGUCUAUUAUAUUUUCAGAAAUGGAUUCUGUUCAGAUAGUUGAAGCUUUAGACAAUGUAGCAAAAUCAGUCCAAGAGAAUCUUAAUACCUCAAUAUCUCUUAGAGCAUUAGAACUAAGUGACUCAGCAAUUUUAGGUAUUAGUCUCCCCCAAGGUGAAGUAAUUAGAAGAAAUCAAGAUGAAACAGCUCAAACGUCCAGAUUAACGGAGGCAAGGCAAAAUAAUUCAUUCAUAUGGUCAGGAGCAUCAUUUGAUUUAAGUCCAGGACUGCAGAGGAUUUUAGAUAAAGUAUAUAGUCCUGUAGAAAAUGAAAAGCCAAAAUUAACAACUGUAAACUUACUUUGUUUGAAAGAGAAAAACACAGAGUUAAAUGAGAGACAAGAAGUGGUUUCAAAUUUGGAGACAUACCAAGUACAGGGAAUUUCAUUUUUCCCUAAUAAUGAGGUAAAAAGAAAGGUGGACAAGUCACUAGAGAACUCUGCCAGUCACAGUGAAACCUCAUCCCCCUUGGCUUGUAAAGAAAGCUCUCUAGGUGAUGAUAAUGGUCUCAUUCCUCCUACACCCAGCCCAGCAUCUGCUUCUAAGGUGACAUUUCCAGAGAUUCUUGGAACAUCUGUAAAACUUCAGAACACUAGUAGUGUUUUACAGCCUGGUGAAAGUUUUAUAUUUGGCUCACCUUCAGAUAUUAAAAACCACGAUUUAAGUCUAGAGAGUAUAAACAGUUUACAAGAUGACAGUCCUUUGAGAGACAAAAGUUUUUCACUGCAGUUGUCACUGGAUGAAUUGCAGUUAACUCCAGCCUCAUGCAAUUCAGAAACUUUGGCCAUAAUUGAUGUAGCAAGUAAUCAAACUCUCUUUCAAACCUUCAUUAAAGAGUGGCAGUGUAAGAAACGAUUUUCCAUUUCACUUGCUUGUGAAAAGAUCAAAAGCUUGACAUCUUCAAAAACUGCUACUAUUGGUAGUAGGUUUAGGCAAGUCAGUUUACCUCACGAAAUCCCUACUAUAGAUGAUGGAUUUCUUGUUCAAGGCUCGGAGGACAUCUUUGUGGUUGGACUGGCAGUGUGCUGGGGUGGAAGGGAUGCUUACUAUUUUUCAUUGCAAAGGGAACAAACACAUUCUGAAAUUAGUGCUAGUUUGGCUCCACCUUCUCUCGAUCCAAGCUUGACUGUGAGAGACAGGAUGCAGCAUCUUCAAUCCUGUUUGCAAAAGCAAAGUAAUAAAGAACGUUCUGUAAUCAUCUAUGACUUCAUCAAGAGCUAUAAAAUUCUUCUUCUGUCUUGUGGCAUCUCCCUGGAACAAAGUUAUGAAGAUCCUAAGGUGGCAUCCUGGUUACUUGACCCAGAUUCUAAAGAGCCAACUCUUCAUAGUGUGGUUACCAACUUUAUUCCCCAUGAUCUCCCACUCCUAGAAGGAAUGGAGGCAGGCCAAGGAAUUCAAAGCCUGGGGCUGAAUGUCAGCACUGAGCAUUCUGGACGGUACAGAGCAUCUGUAGAAUCUAUCCUCAUCUUUAACUCCAUGAAUCAACUCAACUCUUUGUUGCAGAAAGAAAACCUUCAUGAUGUUUUCUGUAAUGUGGAAAUGCCCUCUCAAUACUGCUUGGCCUUGCUAGAACUAAAUGGAAUCGGCUUUAGUACUACAGAAUGUGAAAGUCAGAAGCACAUCUUGCAAGCCAAGCUGGAUGCAAUUGAGACUCAGGCCUAUCAAUUAGCUGGCCACAGCUUUUCCUUCACCAGUUCAGAUGACAUUGCAGAGGUUUUAUUUUUGGAAUUGAAGUUGCCACCAAAUGGAGAGAUGAAAAUUCAAGGCAACAAGAAAACUUUGGGUUCUACCAGAAGAGGGAAUGACACUGGACGCAAGUCAAGGCUGGGUAGGCGGUUCAGCACUAGUAAGGAUGUUUUAAAUAAAUUAAAGGAAUUACAUCCUUUACCAGGCUUGAUAUUGGAGUGGAGAAGAAUCAGCAGUGCUAUCACCAAAGUAGUUUUCCCCUUGCAGAGAGAAAAACGCCUGAAUCCUUUCCUAGGGAUGGAAAGAAUCUACCCUGUAUCACAGUCGCACACAGCUACAGGACGAAUAAGUUUUACAGAACCAAAUAUCCAGAAUGUGCCAAGAGAUUUUGAGAUUAGAAUGCCAACACUACUAGAUGAAAGCUCACCUUCCCAAGUUCUAGACAAAGGCCAACCUCUCAUGGUCAGAGGACACAGUAAGAAGGGUUGUGGCCUGUACCCUGAGCACCGGGCACCAGUAGAUGAGCAGGCCUUGGCCAGAGAGGUGCCGUUUUCUGUGAGCAUGAGGCAUGCCUUUGUGCCUUUUCCAGGUGGCUUAAUAUUGGCUGCUGAUUACUCUCAACUUGAACUGAGGAUCUUGGCUCAUUUAUCUCAGGAUCAUCGUCUCAUUCAAGUAUUAAACACAGGAGCUGAUGUUUUCAGGAGCAUUGCAGCAGAAUGGAAGAUGAUUAAGCCUGAGUCUGUGGGGGAUGAUCUGAGGCAACAAGCAAAGCAGAUUUGCUAUGGAAUUAUUUAUGGAAUUGGAGCUAAAUCUUUAGGAGAGCAGAUGGGUGUUACAGAAAAUGAUGCUGCUUGCUAUAUUGACUCCUUCAAGUCCAGAUACACAGGUAUUAGUCAUUUCAUGAAAGAGACUGUGAAGAAUUGUAAAAGAGAUGGGUUUGUUCAGACCAUUUUGGGAAGGCGUAGAUAUUUGCCAGGAAUCAAAGACAACAACCCUUAUCACAAAGCUCAUGCUGAGCGUCAGGCUAUCAACACAACAGUCCAAGGAUCAGCAGCUGAUAUAGUCAAAGUAGCCACAGUUAACAUCCAGAAGAAACUAGAGACCUUUCACUCGAUCUUCAAAUCUCAUGGUCAUCGAGAGGGUAUGCUCCAAAGAGACAGAGCAGGAUUGUUGCUCAAAGGAAGACUGCCAGGAAUCUUCUGCCCAAUCAGAGGAGGCUUUUUCAUCCUUCAACUCCAUGACGAGCUUUUAUAUGAAGUGGCAGAAGAGGAUGUGUUUAAGGUAGCUCAGAUUGUCAAGAAUGAAAUGGAAAGUGCCAUAAAACUCUCUGUGAAGCUGAAAGUGAGAGUAAAACUCGGUGCCAGCUGGGGGGAUCUGAAGGACUUCGAUGUGUAAUUGUGGGGUAGACCACAUCCCAAGGAGGACUGAUGUGAAUAGUUACCUGAAAAGAACAGAGGUUGCCCUCUCACCAGCUUUAUCAACACCAACUGACAAGUCUUGAAUUUAAGGCACAAAUUCUGUAGUGAGUUUCAAAGUAUGGAUCAGGGUCUACUCCCUGUAGUGACACGAAAGACUUUGCAAGGAGGGAGAGAGUGAAAUGACAAGUUGAAUGAUUAUGCUCAAAGAGUAUCUAAGAACUUACCUUUCCUAAUUUAUUAUGGCAUUACCAAAGUUUGAAAUGUAUGCUUGAAAUAUGCACUCUGCACUUUUGGGUCCUACAUGAGUUAAACAUGAAGGAAAUGGAGCUGCUGCCUUAGAGGCAUUUUCUUCAUGUCCAUAACUCAGGCACUCAUGGUAGAGACCCAGUAGGAGCCACUGGUGAAUAAGCAUUGUGCUUCAUGUACAACGCCAUUGUGUGAUGUGACAUUUUCCUCUAAUAUUGAGACUUCUGAAGUAGUAUUAUAAAAUAGUAUUGACUGAGAAGGUAUGAAUUCUAUACAAUAAAAUUUGGUAUAUAGAGUU